CUUCACUAUUUAUACACUCUCCAUUCCCAUCUACCUUCCAAUAAAACAGAGGAAAACAGAGAAAUGACUUCACCACUUACGCAUACCAUGAAGUUGGGUUCACAAGGUUUAGAAGUAUCGGCUCAAGGUUUAGGAUGUAUGGGAAUGUCUGCUUAUUAUGGUCCUCCAAAACCUGAGGAACAAAUGAUACAGCUAAUUCACCAUGCUGUUAAUUCUGGUAUCACUUUUCUCGACACUUCCGACUUUUAUGGACCUCAUACUAAUGAGAUCCUUAUCGGAAAGGCUCUCAAAGGAGGGAUUAGAGAAAAGGUACAAUUGGCCACUAAAUUUGGGAUUAAAAUCGUUGAUGGUAAGAUUGAGGUUCAUGGAGAUCCUGCCUAUGUGAGAGCGGCUUGUGAAGCUAGUUUAAAAAGGCUUGAAGUCGAAUACAUCGACCUUUAUUAUCAGCAUCGGAUUGAUACUCGUAUUCCUAUUGAAGUAACGAUGGGGGAACUUAAAAAACUUGUUGAGGAGGGAAAGAUUAAAUACAUUGGUUUAUCAGAAGCAUCUGCAUCGACUAUCAGGCGAGCACACGCUGUCCAUCCCAUAACUGCCGUGCAAAUGGAAUGGUCUUUGUGGUCACGAGAUAUUGAGGAAGAAAUUGUGCCUACUUGCAGAGAACUUGGAAUUGGGAUUGUUCCAUAUAGCCCUUUAGGUCGUGGAUUCUUUGCAAUGGGGCCUACGAUGGUAGAAUCCUUUGAAGGUGAUCAUCGAGAGAAUCUGCCAAGAUUCCAAGCAGAAAACAUGGAGCAUAACAAACAAAUAUAUGAAAGAGUGAGUGAAAUGGCUGGAAGAAAAGGGUGCACCACAUCACAACUAGCUCUAGCAUGGGUUCAUCAUCAAGGAAAUGACGUAUGCCCAAUUCCAGGAACAAGCAAGCUAAACAAUCUAAACCAAAAUAUUGCAGCCUUAUCAGUCAAACUUACUCCUCAAGAAAUGGCUGAACUUGAGUCUUAUGCAUCAGCUGAUAAAGUUAAGGGUCAUAGAGCAUGGAACCCUACUUAUUCUUGGGAGAACUCAGACACUCCCCCGUUGUCUUCUUGGAAGAAAUAGGCACACAUAUGUUGUCUUCUUUUGAAUUUAUAAAGUUCUUACCGGUGUAACAUAAUUCGUCAGUUAAAUCGCUUUCUGAAUUCACGAUUCGCUUAAAAUCACACUAAAAUAACCCAAAACUGACCACAAGCGCUUUUUUUUAUUCGCAAUUCGCAAGGAGAUUAGUGAAUCAUGUGAUAGUGGUUCUUAUUUUAAUUUACAUUAUAUUGCGAUUUUAAUGAGACGAAGGAGUAUGAGUGUAUCUUUAUAAAAGCAUGUGAGAUGAAGUAAUUUUAAUGUGUUAUACAAUGUGUAAUUUUCUCAAGAAGUCAAAUUGAUUGCAAUAAUUUCUAAGUUUAUUGUUGUAAAUUUUUAUAUUCAAAUUAAUUGUCUUCAAAUGAAUCAAACAAAUUUCAUGGGCU